CAAUAGACCCAGAACGGGUCAGAACCCCAGCUCCCCCGCUUCCGACUCCAGCGCCGCGGAAAUACCUCUCGUCGCCGCCGCCGGGGAAGAGAAGUACAGCGCAGGCCUGCGCUGGCCGAAGACUCGCCACCUCGACGGCGAAGAUCAGACAGCCUCGUGCUUCAGGUAGAGCCUGAUCACAGAGAAUGGCCGAGUUCCUGCAACUCGAGAUGCAAGAUGGGGUAAGGAUGACCUGGAAUGUCAUACCGGGCACCAAGCAGGAUGCUGCUAACUGUGUUGUCCCUGUUUCUGCCAUAUAUACUCCUCUCAACCCGAACACCGAAAUUCCUGUUCUUCCUUAUGCUCCCCUCCGCUGCCGCAUCUGCCGUUCCAUCCUCAACCCCUUCUCGAUGGUCGACUUCAAUUCAAAAUUGUGGCUCUGCCCAUUCUGCUUUCACCGCAACCACUUCCCCCAGCAAUACUCUUCUGUUUCGCCAACCAACCUACCUACCGAACUGUAUCCUCAAUAUGCUACUGUUGAGUAUGUGGCCACUGCCGAAACAGGGCCUGUAUCGCCACCAGUCUUCCUCUUUGUUGUUGACACUUGCAUAAUUGAGGAGGAAAUUGGCUAUCUGAAGUCUGCUCUAGCGCAAGCUGUUGAGCUAUUGCCGGACCAUUCCCUCGUUGGAUUUAUAACUUUCGGGACAUAUGUGCAGGUGCAUGAAUUGGGUUUUGGCUUGUUGCCUAAGUCAUAUGUGUUCAGGGGGACAAAGGAGGUUACCAAGGAUCAAAUUCUUGAGCAAAUGGGUUUCUUUGCAGGGAAAACAAAACCAAAAACAGGUGUGAUUGCUGGCGCAAGGGAUGGUCUUUCAGCAGAAAGUAUUGCUAGGUUCCUGUUGCCUGCUUCUGAGUGCGAGUUUAUGUUGAAUUCAGUUAUAGAAGAACUGCAAAAGGACCCGUGGCCUGUUUCUGCUGAUCAGCGAGCAUCAAGAUGCACUGGUGCUGCGUUAAGUGUUGCAGCCGGUCUGUUGGGGGUUUGUGUACCUGGAUCAGGUGCUAGAAUUAUGGCAUUUAUAGGUGGUCCGUCUACAGAGGGACCUGGUUCUAUAAUAUCUAAGCCCUUAUCAGAGCCAAUUCGUUCACACAAAGACCUCGAUAAAGGUUCUGCUCCACUUUAUAACAAAGCUGUUAAGUUCUACGAGGGGAUUGCAAGUCAGCUUGUGCAUCAAGGGCAUGUGCUUGAUCUAUUUGCAUGUGCACUUGAUCAGGUUGGUGUUGCCGAGAUGAAGGUUGCAGUGGAGAGAACUGGGGGAAUAGUUGUGCUUGCAGAAAGUUUUGGCCAUUCUGUUUUCAAAGAUUCACUUAGACGCAUUUUUCAGUCAAGCGAUAAUGACCUUGGCUUAUCGUUCAACGGUAUAUUUGAGAUCAACUGCUCCAAGGAUGUCAAAAUUCAAGGCAUCAUUGGACCUUGUACUUCCCUUGAGAAGAAAAGUCCUCUAUCCUCAGAUACAGUGGUAGGUCAGGGGAACACUAGCGCUUGGAAGAUGUGUGGUCUAGACAAGAAAACAUCACUAUGCCUAGUAUUUGAUAUUGUCAGAAAAGAUGCCCCAGACACAACCGAUCAAUCGAAAAAUGAGUUCUACUUCCAAUUCUUAACCUAUUAUCAGCAUCAUGAUGGCCAGAUGAGAUUGCGAUCGACUACAAUUUUGAGAAGAUGGGUUGCUGGUUCUGGCAGUGUGCAGGAGCUAAUAACUGGCUUCGAUCAAGAGGCAGCAGCAGCAGUCAUGGCACGCUUGGUCUCAUUCAAGAUGGAAGCUGAGGUUGAUUUUGACCCUGUAAGAUGGCUUGACCGAGCAUUGAUUAGUUUAUGUUCGAAAUUUGGAGACUAUCAGAAGGAAACACCUUCAUCUUUCAGUUUAUCGCCGCGCCUAUCAAUUUUUCCGCAGUUUAUAUUUAACUUGAGACGCUCUCAGUUUGUUCAGGUUUUCAAUAAUAGUCCAGAUGAAACUGCUUAUUUCAGGAUGAUGUUAAACAGAGAGAAUGUAGCGAAUGCAGUUGUGAUGAUCCAGCCAUCGCUUAUAUCAUAUUCAUUUCAGUCAGAACCAGAGCCUGUGCUAUUGGAUGUAACUGCAAUUGCUCCUGACAGGAUCCUUUUGUUGGAUUCUUAUUUUACCAUUGUCGUAUUUCAUGGGAUAACGAUCGCACAGUGGCGAAAGGCUGGUUACCAAGAUCAAGAAGGGCAUGAGGUGUUUGCUAAAUUGUUGCGUGACCCCAAGGAGGAAGCUGAUUCGAUAAUCAAGGAACGCUUUCCUGUGCCUCGUUUGGUUGUCUGCGAUCAAUAUGGUUCUCAGGCUCGAUUCUUACUGGCAAAGCUUAAUCCAUCUGUGACGUAUAACUCUGACAACCCUCCGCCUCCUGGAGGGGAUGUCAUAUUCACAGAUGAUGCAAGCUUCCAGGUCUUCAUGGAUCAUCUCCAGCGGUUGGCAGUUCAUUAGAACUUGGAGGUGCAGCAGUUUUGCCAAUGAUAUCUUCUGGUGUACAGCAAGAACUUUUUUUUGUAUGUGUAUAAUUAGUAUGCAUGUUGCCACUUGCUACAUCUGUGGCGACGGAUAGUAAGGUUUAUUUCGUGUAACCCAGGACGGAAAAUCAUACAUUGUCCGUCUUACCCUUCUUGAUUGAUCGUGGCUAGCUCCAAAUAAGAUUUUAGCUUUA